GGGAGACAAUAAAGCAAGGAGAGAAGAAACUGCUGCACAAAGGAAUUCCAGCACCGGGACCCGGGAUUAUCCUGGCCACGGUGCCUUCUGUGAAGUCUGGGAGCUGUGAGGGUCAUGGCGUCACCCUUGCAUAGCAUUCGGCUGCCUCUGGAUGACGAUCUGCUGUUGAUGCAGAAUGGUUCUAUGCUUCGCAAGGUCAAAUCCCGAAGUUGGAAGAAACAGAGAUACUAUAGGCUACAGGAUGAUGGAAUGACCGUUUGGUAUGCCCGGCAGGCUGGUGGAAGAACCAAACCCAGCUUCUCCAUUUCAGAUGUGGAGACAGUGCGAGAGGGCCAUGAAUCAGAACUGCUGCGAAGCCUAGCAGAUGAAAUCCCCCUAGAGCAUGGCUUCACAGUUGUUUUCCAUGGGCGCCGCCCCAACCUGGACCUAGUGGCAGGCAGCAUUGAGGAGGCACAGAGCUGGGUGCAAGGGCUUCGGCGCCUGCUGGAGAUCAUCACCAGCAUGGACCAGCAAGAGAAGAUGGACCAAUGGCUGAGUGAUUGGUUUCAGCAGGGGGACAAAGACCAGGAUGGGAGAAUGAGUUUCCGGGAGGUGCAGCGAUUACUACGGCUGAUGAACGUAGACAUGGACCCUGAGCAUGCUCUCCAGCUCUUCCAGGCUGCGGACAAGUCAGAGUCGGGGAUGUUGGAAGGAGAGGAAUUUGUGGAGUUCUAUCGGGCCCUGACCCAGCGCUCGGAGAUCCUGGAGCUGUUUGAAAUCCUCUCAGGGGAUGGCCAGAAGUUGACGCUGCUGGAGUUUUCAGAUUUCCUUCGUGAAGAGCAGAAAGAGGGAGACCAUGCUUCCGAUCUUGCCUUGGAACUGAUUGCUCGCUAUGAACCAUCAGACAGUGCCAAAUUGCGGCAUGUACUGACCAUAGAUGGUUUCCUUGCUUACCUCUGUUCCCCGGAUGGAGAUAUCUUCUCUCCAGCUUGCCGACCCGUUUACCAGGACAUGAGCUAUCCGCUGAAUCACUACUUCAUUCACUCCUCACAUAACACUUACCUGCUGGGGGACCAGCUUCGAGGACAGAGCAGCGUGGAAGGCUACAUACGGGCUCUGAAGCGGGGAUGUCGCUGUGUGGAAGUGGAUGUAUGGGAUGGACCCAGUGGGGAACCAAUUGUUUACCAUGGACACACUCUGACUUCUCGGAUCCCCUUCCAAGAUGUCGUGGCUACAAUUGCCCAGUAUGCCUUCCAGACAUCAGACUUCCCGGUGAUUGUGUCCCUGGAGAAUCACUGCAGCUGGGAGCAGCAAGAGGUCAUUGCCCAGCACCUGACAGAGAUCCUGGGAGAGCGACUGCUCAAUACCACCUUGGAUGGGCUCCUGCCCACCCAACUGCCAUCCCCAGAGGAGCUUCGAGGCAAGAUUCUCCUGAAGGGGAAGAAGAUGGGGACGCUUGAGGAAGAGCUCGGGGAGGCUCCAGGGGAUCCCGAGGAGCUUGAAGAGCCUGAAGAAGAGGAGGAGCCAGAGCCAGAAAUGGAGCCUGACGUGCUAGACUUCGAUGAGACAGCCCGAAAUGAGGACAAGAGGAAAAAGAAGACGGGGCUUGAGAAAUCCAAGCCCACCCUGUGCCCAGCGCUAUCGGCCCUGGUUGUUUAUAUGAAGAGUGUUCCAUUUCGAAGUUUUGCACACUCGAAGGCUCACUACCGCCUCUAUGAGACGUCGUCCUUCUCUGAGGCAAAGGCCCGGCGCCUGGUCAAGGAAGCCGGGAAUGAAUUUGUGCAACACAAUGCAUGGCAGCUGAGUCGAGUGUAUCCCAGUGGCCUGAGGACAGACUCCUCCAAUUAUAGCCCUCAAGAGCUCUGGAAUGCAGGCUGCCAGAUGGUGGCCCUCAACAUUCAGACUGCAGGGCUGGAGAUGGACCUUUGUGAUGGGCUUUUUGGUCAGAAUGGUGGUUGUGGCUACGUGCUGAAGCCGGCUUUUCUGUGUGACCCCCAAAGCUCUUUUCACCCUGAGAGACCAUCCAGUCCCAGUCUGACUCUUCUCAUUCAGGUCAUCAGUGGGCAGCAGCUACCUAAAGUGGCCAAUAGCAAAGAGGGCUCUAUUGUGGAUCCCCUGGUGCGGGUAGAAAUCUAUGGAGUGCCAGGAGACACAGCCCGGCAGGAGACCAGCUAUGUGGAGAACAAUGGUUUUAACCCCUACUGGGGGCAGACACUGCAGUUCCGGGUACGAGUGCCAGAGCUUGCCCUCCUACGAUUUGUGGUGGAAGAUUAUGACAGGGCAUCGAGAAAUGACUUUGUUGGUCAGUACACACUGCCUUGGACCUGUGUCCAACAAGGUGAGCCUGUUUGUCUAAGCUUUCAGUCCUAUCCUAUCCAAGCCUGUGUCUCUCAGCAGGCUGACCCUGACCCAAGCCUAGCUAAGGGACAGGGUGCUUCAUGUACCAUUCUCUACCGCACCUUGCCUACAUGGGGCUUUAUUCCUCACUCAGGUUACCGUCACAUACAUCUUCUCUCAAAGGAUGGUACGAGUCUCCAUCCUGCUUCCAUUUUUGUGUACAUCCAGAUCCGGGAAGAGCUAGAUGAGGAUGGAGACUGAGUGAGAAGCAUCAGCAAUUUAGGACAGGAAGAAGCAACAGCUGUGUAGAAAGAGUCCAAAAAGGGCGAGGAAAGAAGUGGCCAAGGGACUCACCAUUUGUCAAGAGGUUCCAGAGUCUCUCUUUUUUUUAAAGAAACAAAUAAUAAACACUAAUCCAAGUCAAGGGAAAGACAGGUAAAAGAGGAUGGCUGGGAAGACUGGACUGGGGAGACAUAAACAAUUUUGACAAAAUCCUAGAAGUCUUGAAAAUUCAUCUUAUUUGUCUAAGAGUGCUAUGCUGGGCAAAUGGCCAUCUACUGUAUGAAACCAACUGAUCAAUACACGUUUAUUAAGUGCUUACUAUGAGCUAGAAA